AUGGCAGACAACUUGGAGAGCCAGCGUGACCGGCGCGUCGAUGAAAAGCACGCAACGACAGAGAACCUUGGUGCCGAUGCACAAGUAGCUUCGGCUACAGGCCGGAGCAGCAAAGGUCUGGUGCGGAGAGUGUUGAUGGCUGGGCGGGUCGAAGAAGGCGGCAUCGAGCCUAUCCCAAGAGAAGUCCGGACGAACACCAAGUACUUCAAUGCUUUCACGAUCUGGUGCUCUAUCAACACGAACAUUUUGGCUAUCACGUUCGGCAUGCUGGGUCCGGUCUCUUUCGGCCUUGGCCUCCGAGAUUCGGCGCUCGUCAUUCUCUUCUUCAAUUUGCUGUCAACGCUGGCACCAGCAUUCUUGUCGACGUUGGGCCCGAAGACUGGCAUGCGACAGAUGAUUCAAGCUCGGUUUAGUUUUGGAUACUACUUCGUAUACAUCCCUGUCGUGCUCAACCUUGCUACUCUCACCGGCUUCUGCGUCAUCAUUUGUGUCGUUGGUGGACAGUGCCUUUCAGCAGUGUCCGAAGGCGACCUUUCGACUUCCGUUGGCAUCGUCUUGAUCGGCAUCGCGGCUCUGCUGAUCUCUUUCUGUGGCUUCAACGUGCUGCACUUCUAUGAAGGGUACGCAUGGAUGCCAGCUCUCGUAGCCAUUAUCAUCGCGGUUGGAUGUGGCGGACAGCAGCUGCAAAAGCAAGCUCCCUUUGAGCCGGCAACGGCUGCGGGAGUCCUUAGCUUCGGUGGUGUCAUCGCUUCGUACAUGAUCCCAUGGGCCUGCAUCGCAUCUGAUCUGACAACAUACUUUGACCCUACUGGCCGGACGGUCUCACACCGCAUCUUUGCCUACAGCUACUUGGGGUUGGUUGUGCCCACGAUCUUGCUUAUGACUCUCGGCGCGGCUAUCGGUGGUGCUAUGAGCAACAUCCCCGAGUGGCAAAUCGGCUUCGAUAGCACCUUGGUCGGCGGCGUUCUCGGAGCCAUGCUCUCCCUAGCCGGCGGAUUCGGCAAAUUCAUUCUUGUCGUCCUUGCAUUCACGCUGUUGGCAAACAUUUCCGGCACCAUGUACGCAAUUACGCUGAACUUCCAGACCCUCAUCCCGUCGUUCCGCCUGCCGCGGUACAUUUUCUCCGUUAUCGUGACCGCCAUUAUCAUUCCGAUCGCGGUCAAGGCAGCACACGACUUCUUUUUGAGUCUCGAGAACUUCAUUGCCCUCAUCGGCUACUGGUCUGCGUCCUUCGUCGGAAUCGUGGUCACCGAGCACUUUGUCUUCAGGCGCGGUGACUCCAAGCUCUAUGAGGUUGCGGUGUGGGACGUGCCCUCCAAGCUGCCCCUGGGUAUUGCUGCUAUCGGCGCAGCUGUGUUGAGCUUUGGUCUCGUCGUCCCUUGUAUUGCCCAGGUCUGGUUUACGGGCCCCAUCGCGGUCUCGACAGGAGACAUUGGCUUCGAGGUUGCGUUCUUCUUGAGCGCUGUCUUGUAUGUGCCUCUGCGUUACGCCGAGAAGCACUACUCGGGACGGUAA